UGUGUUUUAAUUAUUCAGUCGCUAUCCCAAGUUUUCUUCGAAAUGGAGCCAAAAUGUCGAACCAAAAUGACCUUUCCAACAUCCUUCGAACAAAGUUUAUCAUUUUCUGGCCAUGUCAUCGUCCGGCUCAUCGAUUCCUCCGAAAGAAACAACAAAUGCCAAAUCCAAUCAAACAUUUUUACUUCAUAAGAAUACCCUUUAUUGUUAUUUUCCCGGUUGCCAUUUCCUUUCUUCUUUGCUCCCCAGAAAGAGCCAUGCAAUUAGUCAUCUUCUUGAGCUCUCUGUUUCUGUUUCUUGUUCUCUGGUCUCUAGCCAAGUUAUUGCACAAGCUAUGGUGGAACCCGCUCAGAAUACAGAGGAUGAUGGCCCAACAGGGAAUCACCGGCCCUCCCUACAGGUUCCUCCAUGGAAGCACCAAGGAAACAAUCAAGAUGCAUAUGGAAGCCAGGAACACACCCAUGAGCAAUCUCUCUCACGACAUAUUCCCCAAGAUUCAGCCUCAAAUCAACAAAUGGAUAGGCACAUAUGGGAGAAAUUACUUGAGUUGGCUCGGACCUCAAGCUCAGCUAGUCAUCACAGAGCCAGAGCUGGUUAAGGAGGUGCUGCUCAAUAGAGAUAAAACAUACCCGAAAACAGGAAACAGGGGCUUCCCCAAGAAGCUUCUAGGAGAUGGGCUCGCGAGCACACCAGGUGGCGAGAAAUGGGCGAAGAAGCGCAAACUUGCCAACCGUGCUUUCCAUGGGGAAAGUUUGAAGAAUAUGGCACCGGCAAUGGUGGACAGUGUUCACACAAUGCUAGAAAAAUGGAAGAAUCAAGAAGGGAAAGAGAUCGAGGUGUUCCGAGACUUCAAGGUAUUCACAUCUGAAGUGAUUUCAAGAACUGCGUUUGGAAGCAGCUACAUCGAAGGAAGGAAUAUUUUUCAGAUGUUGACAGGAUUGGCUUUGUUAACAUCCAGAAAUGCUUUCACUAUAAGGUUACCAGGACUAAGUAAGCUUUGGAAGACGGUGGAUGAAGUCGAAGCGGAGAAACUUGAGAAAGGCAUAUGCGAUUCCAUUGUGCAAAUGAUAAAGAGAAGAGAGAAGAAGGUGAUGGCUGGUGAAGUAGAUGGCUUUGGGAAUGAUUUCUUAGGACAACUUGUGAAGGCUUUGCACGAUGCAGACAAGAGCAAAAAAAUCACAAUCGAUAAUCUGGUGGAUGAGUGCAAGACAUUCUAUGUUGCCGGACACGAAACUGCCAAUUCACUGAUGACAUGGAUGUUAUUCCUCCUAGCGAUUUAUCCAGAGUGGCAAGAGGAAGCAAGAAUGGAGGUUCUUAAUGUAUUUGGGAAUAAAGACCCUAAUUUUGAUGGACUUGGAAAACUAAAGAAGAUUAGCAUGAUCAUAAAUGAAACUCUGCGGUUGUACCCCCCUGUAAAUGGUUUGACUCGAAAAGUUGGCAAGAAACAGAGGUUAGGGAGGCUUGCUCUUCCUGCUGAUACUCAAAUCUUUGUACCAAUUCCUAAGCUUCACAGUGACCCUGAAAUCUGGGGGGAAGAUGUGCAUCAAUUCAAACCAGAGCGAUUCUCAGAAGGUGUAGCUAAAGCUACCAACAACAAUGCGGUUGUGUUCAUCCCGUUCGGCUUUGGACCUCGAUCUUGCGUCGGGAUGAGCUUCGUGAUGACUGAAGCGAAAGUCGCCCUUUCGAUGAUUCUCCAACGCUACACCUUUGAGUUGUCCCCAGCGUAUAUCCAUUGCCCAGUUCACAUCAUCAUUAACCAACCGCAACAUGGACUUCAAAUCAGAUUUCAUCCUCUGCAGUAGUUCAUCAACAUAUGAUGUUCAGUUGCAAAUGUGCAUAAAUGCCUCCACAGAGCAAUUUGACAAUGGCAUGUGAAUUCUUGGUUCCAGAGGCUUGUGUUAUGUAUAAAGGAAUAAAGAACAUCUUUCUCUUAAUAUGCAUAGUAUUUUCUCAGUAUAUAAUGUAUAUGGUAUGCCAAGACUCUUCAUGAUGUAAAAUCUUGUGUCCUAGUUCUUGCAAGUCGUCAUUUUUUAGGCAUGUACCUCCUAUAUGUGUGGUUCUGUGUGGUCGAACAUUUAUUGAACAAAGC